UUCAUCAUCUUUUUUUUCUAAAAUAAUUUUUAUUUUCUGUUAUCUCUCAAUACUCUUGCUAUCCUUCUCUUUGAUCAAAAAGAAAAAAAAUGGCAAAACAACCAUGCAAAUCUCAAGAAGUUGAAGUGAGAAAAGGUCCAUGGACCAUGGAAGAAGAUUUGAUUCUCAUCAACCAUAUUGCCAACCAUGGUGAAGGUGUUUGGAAUUCUCUUGCCAAAGCUGCGGGGUUUAAACGUACAGGGAACAGUUGUCGACUCCGAUGGCUAAACUAUCUCCGACCGGAUGUUCCGAGAGGCAAUAUCACUCCGGAAGAACAAUUCUUGAUCAUGGAUCUGCAUGCUAAGUGGGGAAACAUGUUAACAUUCUACAUACUACGAUUAGUAUUGCAGACAUAAAUAUUUACAUUCUUCAUAUAGAAUAAAUGAUAAAUG